CAUACGCUUCCUCCCUCUCGUCUAGAAGUGGAUGACAGAUGUGUUUCGCCCUGGGGGUGAAAUGAGAUCGUAAGUUUAUUCCACAGUCAGGACGGGUUUGAACGUAGCAGAGCCUGAAGAGGAAAAUGGAUGCCAUCUGCAACGGAACACACAUUCAUAUUUCUUCCAAGUAUCUACUUCCUUAACUGCAAGAUAAUUGAUGCAGGAUUCAGGAAAAUGUGGCGCUGAAGUGUCUGAAAUUUUAUUUAAAACAUAAUGUAAGCAGUGUCUGUGCAUUUCAGUGACAAUCCGAUUUAAAGGUGUGAGUGUUUCUGCAACCAUCUUGCAACUGGUGACGUCAGAACUUGUUUACUUACUUUCUUUAAGUCGAUUGAGUAAGAAGUGAUUUAAUUAUGAAACUCGCUGUAAUUAAUACAGAGAGUUGACAAGGAGAUGAAUGGAAAAUGCACCGUGAGACAAUUAACUAUGUUACAUUGUGCAAAAUAUAUUCAUCAUAGGAAACAUGAAAACCCACUCUCAAGAAUGAAACCAAUGAAAUCGGUCGAAACUUUGUCUUUGGCAUUUGUUUGGCUAUGUCUAGAACAUACAGGAACAGAAACCAGACUCUCAGAUCUUCAAUUAUAUUUUAGUGCGAAAUGUGUUAAGGUGGUUUUUGGUUCGCUAAACUGAUGAAUGACAUACGAAGUAUGCAUUCCAGUGAGAACUGAGUUGUAAACAAAGCAACUCUUGAACAAAACUUUACAAUUAUUUGAUAACACAGGCUUAAGCAAAUAUUUAUUUCUUAUAUAUUUCUUUAAUACAAACUAAAAAUUACUAACAAUGAAUCUUAGUGACGAGUAUACACAAAUGAUCGUUGAGGAUUGUCUCACAAGAAGACUGAAAGAAAAUGUAUCACAUUUUGACAUCAUGGAAAACAUGUCAAAUGUACAAAAUAAUUUUAGUGUCCUUGGCGUAACACUUCGUCUUCUUCAGCAGAACUGCAAUUCACUGGCAGCAAAUUUCGAGGAAGCGUCCGCAAGCUCAUCUAUAAUCCCCGUCCUCUCUCGGCCAUUGCUUGUACUCGAGGCCGUCGCCCUGGGACUCAUGAUCCUGUUAACAAUUGGUGGAAAUAUUCUCGUGAUUGUCGCAGUCGUACCAAGCCCAACUCUACGCUCACCAACGCACUCUUUGAUCGUGAACCUGGCCAUCGCCGACUUGCUUCUGGGCGUCACUGUGUUGCCUUUAUCAGCAACACGAGAACUGUCCGGCGUAUGGCUUCUGGGUCCUAGUCUCUGCUCCAUAUGGACAGCUCUGGACGUUCUGUGCUGCACUGCCUCCAUCCUGUCUCUCUGUGGAAUAUCUGUGGACCGGUAUAUCGGAGUGUCAAGACCCCUGGCUUAUUCUCGGAUCUUGACCAAAAGACGUGCAAGAGGAAUGAUUGCGGGGAUAUGGGCUCUAGCUUUGGCUAUAAGCAUCGCACCUCCUCUGGGUUGGAGGGAAGAACCUCGACCAGGAGAGGAUCAGUCAAACGACAGCGAGUGCCAUGUCAACAAACAGCUGGGGUACGUUAUCUUCUCGGCAUGUGGGUCCUUCUAUCUGCCGGCUCUUGUCAUACUGGCGCUCUAUGCGCUGGUAUAUCGGGCUGCAGCAAGACAUUCGCUGUUCCUGCAGUCUGGAUCCCGAGUCACGCGCUCGGAUGUGACGCUCAGAGUGCAUCUGGGAAACAACAGCCUCAAGGCCAGGAUAUACGAGGGGCACGCCACUGAGAGGGCACUGAACAGCUGUACGGGCUCGACGCUGCUGUAUGAUUCUGCUGCUGACAGAGGAAGUGUUGGAGCCUCGUCUUGCUGCGGAAGCGACGCUUGGCCAUCUAGUGAGGAACGGCGGAGACUGACGGUAGCAGGGCUGUAUGGUCGGGCGGCAAAAUUUCGGCGGCAGAAGAAAGCUGCCAAGACGCUGGGAAUUGUGGUGGGAGGCUUCCUACUCUGUUGGUUUCCCUUCUUCAUUCUGCUGCCCAUCGACGCAGCAUGUCCGACCUGUGACGUCGCAGGCCUGUUCAACUUCGCCUUCUGGUUGGGCUACUUCAACAGCUGCAUCAACCCUUUCAUAUAUGCCUGUUCAUCCAGAGAGUUGCGACGCGCCUUCCGGGGCAUCAUCUGCUGGAAGAGGAAGCACACCAGCAAUAUGGCAGUCAGCUUGACCGCAAGGUCACGUGACCUCAGCUUGUCCAGCACCACGAGCAUAUCGACAACCAGACGGGUCCAGUAAGCUAACACCGAACAGGUUUCAGUAGAGUCCGGUACUUGCUGAAAGCCUAUUCAGGAACGUGAAGGACCAGCACUGAAAACGAAUCGUACAAUAAUAUCUCGGGAGUCACUGCCUUCUCGUCUCUGAGUUAUAAAUUCAAUCCCAUGGUAGGUAAUGUUGGAUUUAAGCUGAACAGCGUCCCAUCGGGCAGGUUUCAUUAAGGACCGAAUAUUACAUACAUGGACUGCAGGAGUCUUCCCUACACAUGCCAUGGCACCUGCAGAGAGGUACGCAAUGUUAGCCAGCAUUCACCGUAUGUGCACGAUUAACCCGGUUUCAUUUAUUUCAGGCAUCAAAGUAAAUGUUUAAUACCGGGAACAGGGUGAGUUCUUUUCGUGUUCCCUAAAUGUCACGUGACUAUUUUCAAAUUUCAUGUAUGAAAAUAUGC